ACACAUAUUUUACUCACUCCUACCUUUUUCUUUUCUCUUUUUUAACCUCCUCUAGCCUUGUUUUUACCUGAAGCUCCAAAUAAAAGCAAGAACUCAGCAGUUGAGACACACACUAGCUUUAGCCACUAGAUUCUUUUUAGUUCCUUUCCUAAUAGCAAAAAUCUUUCUUUCUUUCCAAUUACCACUCAAGAAAAUGGCUAAAGAUGAUGACUUUAAGCUACUUAAGAUCCAGACUUGUGUUCUCAGAGUUAACAUACAUUGUGAUGGAUGUAAGCAGAAAGUUAAGAAGCUCCUUCAAAGAAUUGAGGGAGUUUUUCAAGUGAAAAUUGAUACUGAACAGCAAAAAGUCACUGUUUCUGGGAGUGUAGAUUCUGCUAGCCUGGUCAAGAAAUUGAUCAGGGCUGGCAAGCAUGCUGAGGUUUGGUCAAACAAAGCUAGUCAGAACCAAAACCAGAAAGCUAGCUGCAUCAAGGAUGACAAGAACAAGAAAGGGCCGAAGCAAGUUACAUUCAAGGGCAUUGACUCCUUGAAAAACCAGCAGCAGAAGUUUUCGAGUCUCGAUAUUUGUGAAGAAGAUGAUGAGUUUAUGGAUGAAGAUGAGGAGGAAGAGUUUAAUGAAGAUGCAAUAAGGUUUUAUAGGGAGAAAGUUGCUGACCAGAUGAAUUUUCAAAGACAGCAGGCUACUAAUGCUAACAAUGGUAGAAAGAUUGUUGGACUUGUUCCGAAUGUAGCUCAGAACAAUGCUAAAAUGAACAACCAAGGUGGGAAGAAAGGGAAUCAGAAUCAGAAUAUGGGAAUGCAGGGGAAUGCUGGUAGUGGCAUUGAUCCGAAAUUUCUAGCAGCAUUGAAGAUGAACAAUACUCUUAUUCCCGGGGAAGUCCGAGGAGGAGGAGGAUCUAGUGAUUUUAAUUCAAUGAUGGGGAACUUUGCUGGCUUUCAAGGAAAUGUGGGUACUAAUAACAAUAUAUCCUCAGCAUACGGAGGAAACUAUCAGAUGCCAUCAUAUAAUCAAGCAGGGUCUUUAAGCGGUCCUAAUUACGGAAGUUAUCCAUCAUCUAAUGCUAGUGGUUACUCGCAGCAAUUCAACAAUCCAGCUGCAGCAAUGAUGAUGAACAUGCAGAACAGGCAAGUUAUGAUGCAGCCUCAAGCUCAGGCUCAGAUGAUGUAUCAGAGAUCACCGAUCGUGCCUCCGAGCACCACCGGUUACUACUACAAUUACAAUCCAGGUCCAUAUCCUCCCUACAAUGAGCCGGUUUAUUAUGCUACUAGUGCCAGUGUUGCUGCAGAUCAAUCUGCAUCUCAUAUGUUGAGUGAUGAAAAUGCAAGUGUUUGCUCAAUUAUGUAAGGUUUUUAGUAAAAAUAUUCUGGUUUUUAGUUUUUGAAAACCAGUUAUGCAUUGUCUAGAUAAAUAUCGGUUGAAUUAAUGGUCAUUCAGUAUGUUCUUUUGGCAAGCUUCUGUUUGUUUUGUCUUGAUUCUGUCAGCUGAUGACCUUAGUUGUAAUAUGUACUAGUCGUUUGUGAAAGUCAAGAAUUGUGUUCUAGUAACAGUAGUAUAUAUGUGGAAUUAUGGAUAAUGUUGGCCCAUGUCUAAUGUUUCAAUUAUAACUCCCUUUUACUGUUUUA